CUCAUCACCAACCUCGACCUUGGAUGCACGAGAAGAGGAAGAAGUAGACAUCAUGUGUCGGGAUAUCGCCUGUGUCCUCUGUGCUGCUGCAAGUCCGGUCCUGGACAUUCUCCCGACGCCUCUGGCCAACAUGGAGAAGAUAAAGAAACCCGAGAGACUAACUAAAACCAACGGGUGUCCGCCCUUGGAGCGUGAAGGAUGCAGUGAUAGUUCGCGAUCAGGUGCCAGCUUCCACCACGCGCUCGCCGGCGCUUGUGAACGAGUCGCUUUUCCUGCCAGUCCACCACCUGCCGAGUUCUGUUCUUCAACCACUGGUGCAUAAUGGAGAGCUUGCAUUCUCCUCAAGUUGGCAGACGUAUCAAUUAUGCCGGAUACUUGGGCACGAUCAGAUAUGUAGGACCUGUUGACGGCACGCAAGGCGUAUGGCUAGGCGUAGAAUGGGACGAUGCUCACCGCGGAAAGCACGAUGGAUUAAAGAAUGGCAAAAGAUACUUUACAUGUCUUGUACCGAAUGCAGGUAGCUUCAUCCGCACGACUGCACAGAUUUCAUACGGGACAUCCUUCUUAACGGCGUUGACGGAGAAGUAUAUUGAGAAUCCUCGCAACUCCUCCUCUGUAGAAAAGGUUAUCCUAGGUUCUUCCAACGGCGCUAUCGAAGUGGAGGCCGUCGGCCUGGAUAAGAUUCGUGCUAAACUAUCACGACUAGACACUCUUCGUGAAGCCAGUUUAGAUAGCAGGAACGUAGCAACUGCAGGUAGUUCCGGGGACAUCAGACGGACAUGUCCUGAUAUUCGUGGACUCGAUUUGUCAAAGAACCUCCUGCCAUCAUGGGAUGUCGUGGCGCUCAUUGCAACAGAGCUUGGUCAUCUCGAACGGUUAGCGUUAAACCAAAAUCGAAUGACACUUCCUAGGAGUGCUGCCAUCAUAGCCGAUGCUUUUCGCCAACUGAGGGAACUGCAGCUAAACGAUACCAUGACUACUUGGUACGAACUCCGAGUCGUCAUCAGGUACAUGCCCGAACUCCAACACGUCGAGGUGGGUUACAACCGCCUGCGAGCUCUGGAGAUUCCCAACCAACUAUCGAAAGAUCUAUUCGAGCAUCCAAACAUCCGUUCAAUAAAUUUUGAUAGCAAUGAGCUACACUGCUGGGCCGAGAUCUGCGAAGCUCUCCGACCGAUAACUGCACUUGACCGAUUGCUGCUUUCUUCAAAUCAAGUGGGAAGGAUCGAGCCGAUCGCAGACGCUACUAAAUCACCAGUUCGGAACCUCAACCACCUUGCGCUAUCCUUCAACGCCCUGGCGGAAUGGACCGAUAUUGAUCAUCUAGUGCACUGGUGUCCGCACCUCGAAUCAUUGAAGCUCACCGGGAACCCCCUCAUGGAAGGGACUCAACCUGGAAAGAACACACGACAACUGACCAUUGCGAGAAUUGCAACGUUGCAGACACUUGAUGCAGCUGGGAUCUCAUCGAGAGAGCGCACCGAUAGCGAACUUUAUUACCUUUCCUAUAUCACCAAACACGGCCCCUCAGAUGAAAGCGCCAGAUGCUUAGAACACCCACGCUGGAAAGAGCUAUGCGAAAAAUACGGAAAGCCCGACGAACAAGCGUCAUCUAGUAAAAACAAACGUGAUACCCUUGGGAACCGCCUCCUUCGCAUCAACAUCUUUCGAUGUUCGCGAUCGACCUCAAUUCACUCUUCUACGAACGCCAAAACCGGGCCCAACUCCGAUCUCAAUCUCUCUGAGCCUACAGCAUUGCGCGUCCUGCCAUCUAUGUCUAUGCGCGCCUUCCAUCUCAAGGUUGCCAAAUCUUUCAAACUUCCCAAGGGCACACAAGCUCUCAAAGUGUGGUUGAAAAUGCCAGAUGAUGCAUUGAUUGAACUUCCGUCUGAAGACGAUACUCAUGAUUUGUCGUGGUGGGGCAUUGAGGACGGCUCUGGAGUUAUACUGAAAGAAAUCCACGACUGAGUCUUCUGAAGUAUGAGGAAGGAUGUUGUUUAUGCAUAUGUAUUAUUCCAUGUACAAUUGUAAGUACAACCGCUAUACAGGAACGCGCGCAUAUAUCAUGAUGGAAGGCGAG